AUGAACCACACAGUUUGUUGUAAGGGCUACCAAUAUGUAAACGAUUUCGAUACGUGUUCACCAAUUUGUAGCAUCGAGUGUAUUCAUGGAACGUGCAUCGAACCAGACACCUGUCAAUGCAAUGAACCUGCCUACCUCAACGAGAACAAUACCUGCGUUACGCCUACCUGUAGUCCAGAAUGUGUUAAUGCCAACUGCUUACAAAAUAACACAUGUACCUGCAAAGAGAAUUUCAACCCCUAUAACUCUACACACUGCUUUCAAUGUGAUACUGGUUAUACUGUGGAUGAAAACCUCAACUGCCGUCCAAUAUGCGAAUCAACGUGCAUCAAUAGUUCCUGUGCAUCUCCCAAUAACUGUACCUGUGAUUCAGGAUUCGAGUUCAAGAAUGGAACUGCCUGUGAGCCCAAGUGUGAUUGCGUUAACGGAAAUUGUAUAGCUCCUAACACUUGUUCCUGCUACGAAGGUUAUAUACCUGUGAAUGAGACUACUUGCGUUCCUAAAUGCAGUAACUGUUCUAAUGGCAACUGCGUUGCGCCCAAUACUUGUAUUUGCAAUCCAGGAUUUCGCAUCCAAGAUAAUCUAGGUUGUGUGCCAGACUGUAUCUGUGUUAAUGGCGAAUGUGUAGCUCCUGGAAACUGUUCUUGCUAUAAAGGUUACGUGCGUAUUAAUGAAACUACAUGUACUCCUAAAUGUGAUAGCUGUUCAAACGGAGAGUGCGUUGCUCCAAAUAUUUGUUCUUGUUAUAGUGGAUAUGUAUACGUAGGCGGUUUUUGCAGACCUGUAUGUUCAGUACCUUGUAUUAACGGGGUGUGCUCGGCCCCUGAUGAGUGUUUGUGCAAUGAUGGUUACGUGAAGGAUAAAAAUGGAGUGUUAUGUGUGAAACCAAAAUCCUGUGAGGAAGACUGUGAAGGGUAUUGUGAUGCUGGUGUAUGUGUUCCAUGGAAUUGCACGGAUCCAAUUAAUUUGUAA